AAGGGUACUCUCGUAAAUUCACGCAUACAAAAAGGCCCAGUUGGAGCAGAGGUUGAGAAAUGUCUUAGACAUAGAUCACAGUAGAACAGACAUACAGGCUUCGGUGUGGUGGUGGUCACCCUGGACAGGAUCGCACGCGCCAACCCAAAUGAUUUCUCUGUGAAUCUCCGGCCGUAAUUCGCAGAAAAACUGGUCAAUGUCGUCGGGGAUUUAGUGUAGCUGCAUUGAUAUUUUGCUCUAUCUUUGGUGCAGAGUAGAAAGAUAUUAGUUUGUCACCGUUCCAAUCAUGUCUACCAAGUCCAAAUCUGCUCUACCUGAAACUCCAAAUGCCAAAGUUUCACCGGCCGCUCCUCCUCGGGUCAGCAAGUCUGCCCGAGGCGCAGCUAAAUCUGAGACCGAUUCAGUUUCUCCCCUGCAGCAUGCUCGCCUUUCCGUUGAUCGAUCCCCGAGAUCUGUCCCAUCCAAGCCUACAGUAGACCGGAGGUCUCCUAAACUGAGCAACACCCCACCGGAUAAAAAGACUACUACUCGCAUCCUGAAGCCUUCAGAACUUCAAGCAGACCUGACUCUAGCUCAAGAAGACCUGAAGAAGGCCAAGGAGAAAUUGCUUUUGGCCGAGAAAGAAAAGGAAAAAGUUCUUGAUGAACUGAAAGAGUCCCGGAGAUCGGCUGAGGAAGCAAGUGCAAAGCUCGGGGAGGCAUUGAUGGCUCAAAAGCGAGCUGAAGAGAAUUCUGAGAUUGAAAAGUUUCGCGCAGUUGAGAUGGAGCAAGCAGGCAUUGAAGCAGCUCAUAAGAAGGAAGAGGAAUGGCAAAAAGAGCUCGAAACUGUGAGAAACCAGCAUGCUUUGGACGUGGCUGCCCUUCUGUCUACUACCCAGGAGCUUCAGAGGGUGAAGCAAGAGCUGGCCAUGACAUGUGAUGCCAAAAACCAAGCACUGAGUCAUGCUGACGAUGCAGCCAAGAUAGCCGAGGCUAAUGCUGAAAGGGUCGAAACUCUUUCUGCUGAGUUGGUGCAUUUGAAAUCUGUGCUUGAUUCUCAAAUUGAAAUGGAGACCAACGAAAGUAAUAAGCAUGUGACAGAGUUGAAAAUGGAGAUAGAUUCUCUGAGACUAGAAGUUGAAAAUGCAAAAUUUCUGGAGGAGAAAUUGGCAGAAAAAGAGGCUGCCUUAGAGCAACUCAAUGUUGAUCUGGAGGCCACAAAAAUGGCCGAAUCUUAUGCGCGUAAUUUAGUGGAUGAGUUGCACGGAAGGGUUGAGGAACUUACAUCUCAUGCUGAGCAAGCAAAGAGAUUGGAGAGAUCUGCUUCAGAAUCUCUCGAAUCUGUCAUGAAGCAGCUCGAAGGAAGUAAUGAUUCCCUGCAUGAUGCCAAAUCUGAGAUUGCAACCCUUAAAGAAAAAGUGGCCUUGCUGGAAAUUUCAGUUCGAAGGCAGAAAGUGGAUCUCGAGGAAUCAGAGCAACAUCUUCAAGUGGCCAAAGAAGCUGCUUCUGAAAUGGCUAAGAAGGUUGAGAUUCUUAGGUCUGAGCUCGAAGCUGUAAAGGAAGAGAAAGCUCAGUCUUUGAACAACGAGCAACUUGCAGCUGCCAGUGUCCAAGCACUGUUGGAAGAGAAAAACAAGCUUAUUAACGAGCUGGAAACAUCUAGAGAUGAAGAAGAGAAAAGCAAAAAGGCAUUAGAAAGUCUGGCAUCGGCCUUACAUGAAAUUUCUUCAGAAGCGAGAGAUGCCAAGGAAAAGCUUAUGUCUUGUCAAGUUGAGCAAGAAAACUAUGAAACACAAAUAGAGGACCUGAAGCUGGUACUAAAAGCAACAAAUGAAAAGUACGAAAGCAUGCUCGAUGAUGCAAAACAUGAGAUUAACACUCUAACUAACUCUUUUGAGCAGUCAAAGCAUGAACAUGAAAGGUUAAAGGCCGAGUGGGAGCAGAAGGAGAUUCAUUUAGUAGAUUCUCUGAAAAAAGGCGCAGAUGAGAAUACUUCCAUGGAAAAUGAGAUUAACAGGCUGUUUAAUUUACUUCAAAAGGCAGAGGAAGAAGUUUGUGCAAUAAGGGAGAGCGAGGAGCGUUGGAAGAAGUCGUGCAAUGAUACAGAAUCUGAAGUGGUUUACCUAAAAGAAGUCCUUGGCGAGGCGAAGGCAGAAAACAUGAGAUUGAAAGAGAAUUUGAUGGAGCACGAAGAAGGAAUGCAAAAGAUUCUUCAGGAGAAUGAGGACAUGAAGAAGAGAGAGGAAUCUGCUCUCAACAAAGUUGAGGAACUAUCGAAGAUGAUGAUGCUGGGUGAAGUUUCGGCGAAGAAGGAAAAUGGCGAGCUGACGGAUAGCGAAAAAGAUUACGACAUGCUUCCGAAAGUGGUGGAGUUUUCAGAACAAAAUGGCGCAGGUCAAUAUGAAGCAAGAGAAGAAUCAUCUCUACCUGCAACUGGAGUCGAAAGUUCUUUCAAUGAUCAAGCUGUCGAGGGAGCUUCUGGCGUGAAAUCAUCUGAUGGGAAAGAAAAUGAUGAAGGGAAAAGCAAGGACAACUUCGAUUCUGAUUUGAAAAUGUGGGAAAGCUGCAAGAUCGAAGAGAAGGAUUUCUCUCCAGAAGGCGAGACAGAGCAGGAGGAGUCAUUUGAUGAUGAAGUUGAAUCAAAAGCAGAGGGAGAUCUGGCGAAUGGACAAUCAUCGACAGAGAAUGUUGACAAUGGCGGAGGAAGCCCGCCAUCGAAGACGGACAGUCUGAAGAAGAAGAAGCCAUUGUUUCGUAAGUUCGGAAGCUUACUAAAGAAGAAGGGCACUGUAAAUCAGAAGUAACACGCCAUGGAUGGAAGGUAUGUAUGUCUUGUUGAUGCUUUUUGCUGCUGCUGAUAUAUUUUUUAUUUUUUGUUAUUUUAUUUUUCACCUUGUUUCUUUUACUACUAUAUCCAUUCCCUGCAAGGGUCUGAAUCUGGAAGGGCUUGCUUGUAUAAUCUUUGGAAAAUGUUUCCCAUUUAGUGAGCGAGAGAAGUGCUGUUCUGUUCUGUUCUGUGCUGUGUGAUUUUAUUAAUUUGUAAACUUGAAGUUUGGUAAAAUUGAAUGAAUGUUUGAUAGUUAAAUUUA